AUGGCGAGGGGAGCAGAGGGAGAGGGUGAGCAGGGAGGGAAAGAGGAGGGAGGGACAGGCCAAGCAGUACCAGGGGGAAGUGGGGGCAAAGGUGUAGAGCGGAGGGGAAGGAACCGAGAAAAGAAACUAGAAAAAAAGAAAAACCACGGGACGGGAGGAGAACAGGAGCACCGGAUCAACCAACGGAAGCCGACACCGGCCGGCAACGCGGCCAAGGGGAGGAAGGUUGCAGGGAACCCGAACAAUGCGAAAAAUGAGCAGCAGGAGAGGGGGACAGGGAAAGCCAGGCGCAGAAACGCAAGGAUCGCGCAACAGGGGAGCAAGGGGGAACCAGCAGCAAGGGGACCAGCCCAACAACCAACGGGCGCAGGGCUCAAGAGAGGGGCGGGGAACGGGCGCGAGGGGGACAAAAAGGAGCAGAACAGGGGCGGAAGGCGCAAAGGGGACGGGGGGCCGGCAGAGAUAAGCAAAAGGAGGAGGACGGGCGGGGGGAAAACAAGCCCGAAACAGCAAGGGGGCCAGGAAGGGGGCAGCGGCACUAAGAGAGGGGGGCGGAGCGAAGAACCACGGGGGGAAAGAUGGGAAAGACGUAGAAAAAGCCGAAAGGGAAGGGGGCCACCGAGGAGGAGGGAACGGCUGCGACAGACAGGGAGCAUCUGCGGCAGGGCAGGAAAACGAGCAGCGGGAAGCACCAGAAACAACCCGAAAAACCAUAAGCAAAAGGACGCGGCAGAAGAACGAGAACAGGGGGGCACCGCAGCGGAGAAGACUGAGCAUCGGCAAACAGGUGGAUCAGCAGGGGACGGGACAAAGAGGGGAGAGGACGCAGAAAAAAGGAGAGAGCAGAGGCGGCCGGGACCAGAACGAGGGAACAAAAGGGAAAACGGCGGAAAAGCAGAGGACCAGAGACGUGAGAAAGCAGAAGGAGAGCGCGCGCGGGGAGCCGGGGGCGGCGGGGCAGGGGCGCGGGAAAAAAGGAACGGGAGCGCAGGACGCGUCCGCGAGUCAGCAACGAGGGGAGGGAAACAGGGAAGAAGCGACGGAGAGCCCACCAAAAAUGCGGAAAUGUUAAAAAGGAAGGCAACUCCGGCAGAGAGGAGACGGAGCGAGGAAGAAGAACGGAAGUGGGCACGGGGCAGGAAGGGGGACCAGGGCGGGAGAGGCGGGGAAGGUCACGGCGGGACGACGCCAGGGAGGAGGGACGGGGGGCAGGGAAAGCCAGUGGGGCGGCCGAGAGGAAUGGAAACCGCGAUGGGGGCGCGGGGAGGGCCGGAGAAAAGCGACGCAGGCGGCCCGCCGGCAAGGAGGGAAAUGAGAGGGAGCGCCCAAGGGGGAGAGGGGGGGAGCCACAAAGGCGGAAGGCGGAAGGAUAGGGCAAAGCCCAGGGGCAGGAAGGACAACAGGAGAAGCACGCCGAGCGGAUGGGGAAAGGAGGGCCGAAAAGGGAAAACGGGGAAGGGCGGGGGCAGGGCAGGCCAACGAAAAAGAAGGACGGAAAAGAGAAACGCAAGGAGGAAUAAGAAGAGAAGAAGGGGAACAAGGAACGAGAAGAAGGAGGAGGGGUAG